ACGGGCUAGGACUUGUUGAUGGGGAAGGAUUUGUUUAAGAGGUACACAGACAGACAGAGGAGACUGACCAUUACUGACUAUCGCUUUUUUUUCCCUUUUUUUUUUUUUAAUUUGAGCGUGGGAAAAUAAAUUGUGCAGUACUCCAGUAGCAGUUUCGUUCCUUAUUCCCAUUACGCACAGACCGCCAUCUCCCACGCCGUGGGCUCUUCAAGUAAAUCCACGGGGUCGAUCGCAGGGGGGUCAAGUUUAUAUAUUUGUAUGCAGCCUGUCACACAAUGCAAACGUCAUCUUUACAGGACUCAGAUCAGUUUUUUUUUCUUCUCCUGAGCUCCGAUCGCGCCAGCCGCAUGUUGUGAUUGUGAUUCUCUCUCUUCUUCUUCAUCUUUUUUUUUAACCAGUUGGCGUUUGAAUCACAGCGAAGACGUUAUAUUUUGAGAAGAUUAUCCGACAGGACGUCAGGUAGUUGUGGUGUCACACAAAAGUGGAAUAUAAGUUUGCAUUAAUUGAGUCUACUGCAUGAAAUUUCAGUUACAAUCUACUACAGUUGCGUAUUAUUAUUAUUAUUAUUUUUAAUUAUUUAUAUAUUUUUUUGUAUUUCUAAAUGUUUGACUAUGAAUCGGUGAUCGCAGGGUCCGUGUCGCGGAUUGUUUUUUGCAAAGUUCGUUUCGCCCGGGCUGCUGUGCCUUCUUCACUGGGGUGGUGAUCUUCCCACACCGCAUCUGUAUUUGCUUGGUUGCUGGCGGCGCACAUGCACAAGCGUCCCCACCGCCACCCAAACAACGGCUGCUGACAGAGAAUCCUCGUCUGGCAGAAAGAGGAGAAAACGGAGGGUGAAAAGAGAAAAGAGUGGGUGAAUGUGCUGUGAGGACACUGCAGCCGGUACUGGACAUUUAAGGAAACGGUGCUCCUGAACAUGUCAGAGACUAUGAACAAAAACAUCACUGGACAGGUAUGAAUAAUCCACUACAAUUCCGGUCCGCGUGAGUUUGGCAUAGAUUUUCAUCAAGACUGUGGUUACUGAUGCAUGUAUGGAAUAAGGCAUGAACUGAUUUUUAUUUUUUCAUCAUGUCCAAGAAUUUUUCGAGUGAUGACAGCUGAUUUAACACCGCAAAUACCAUGUAGUGCUCGGACAAAAAACAAAACCAGCCUCUAAAAUAUAUAUAUUCUUUGACAUUUGACAUCACUGAACGGACCACUUAGCCGCCACCAUGGGACUGUGACCCGGGCUGCGAGCUCCGAGAGGCGGCUGUUUGUGUAGUCUGUGCUCCGUGUGCAGACUGGACCUGAGCAGUUGUGACAUUUUGAGCCAUGGCUGCUGCUAUCGCAAGUGGGCUGAUCAGACAGAAGAGACAGGCACGGGAGCAACAUUUAGACCGACCCUCGACCAACCGACGGAGAAAGAGCCCCAACAAGAACAAGGGGCUCUGCAAUGGGAACCUGGUCGACAUCUUCUCCAAAGUGCGCAUCUUCGGCCUCAGGAAGCGGCGACUACGGAGACAAGAUCCCCAGCUCAAGGGUAUAGUAACCAGGUUAUAUUGCAGGCAGGGAUACUACUUGCAAAUGAACCCCGAUGGCUCUCUUGAUGGGACCAAGGAUGACAGCAGUAAUUCCUCUUUGUUCAACCUUAUUCCUGUGGGCCUCAGAGUCGUCGCCAUUCAGUCCGUGAAGACAGGGUUAUACAUCGCCAUGAACGGGGAGGGCCAUCUGUACACAUCAGAACUCUUUACAGCGGAGUGCAAGUUCAAAGAGUCUGUCUUUGAGAACUACUAUGUGAUCUACUCGUCCAUGUUGUACAGACAACAGGAGUCGGGGAGGGCUUGGUUCCUAGGGCUUAAUAAAGAGGGACAAGCCAUGAAAGGAAAUCGAGUGAAAAAAACAAAACCAGCUGCUCACUUCCUGCCCAAGCCAUUAGAAGUUGCCAUGUACAGAGAGCCAUCGUUGCAUGAUGUUGGAGAGACAGUGCCCAAGGCAGCAGUACCUCCCAGUAAAAGCACAAGUGAGCCUGCAGUGAUGAACGGCGGUAAACCCGUCAGUAAGCCUGAUAAGCCCACCACAUAGCCACACCUGACCAGUGCCCAGGGUGUGUGUGUGUGUGUGUGUAUGUGGAGAGGGCAAAUGAGAUGGAGGCAGGGCUUUUCCUGACUGGACUUCAGACCCUCUUUCUUCUGUGAAUCGGAUCCAGGCGAACCUCACAUCCUUUCUUGUCUUGCUCCUCCUCCUCUUUCGUCCUCCCUUUCUCCAGCUGUCUCAACAUGGGUGGAUGGAUUCUGAGGUGGCUGAGUUUCUCCAAAACAGGAGGGAAGAGGACCUUUGAUCAUGGAAUGCCUUUAGAUUCCUCUGAAACUGUGACAAUUCAUAUGAAUAACACAUGUUUUACAGCCACGCUUGUGGUACUUUGCUUGCUGAUGGUCCUUCCAAGAAGCCCCCUCUCUCUAUAAUGCCCUGUUGCAGCAGAGUCUGUGUACCUUCAGAUCUAUUUUCUAUACCACAGUUCACCAGCUAUGUUCUGGGAUAGAGACUGUAUAGCUAGAGUAAAUAUUUGGACUGUAGUCCUCUAUUUUUUACGAGUAUGUUCCCUCCCUCUCUUUCUAUCUCUAGUCACACACUUUUCUCUUUGUCAAGUAACCUAGAAAAGAUAAAAACAUUUUGCAGGGGAGUUGUGUGAUUUUCUAAGAAACACAUUCACUCAGAUGUGGCAUAAAAAACAAACAUAUAUUUAAAAAAAUCCAAAUUUUCUUCUUGCCUACAACAUGUACACACGGACAUACAGACACAAAAAGUUUGUGGGGAAAAUCAGAGAUGUUGCUUUUUACAGCCGAUAAAAACAUACUGGGGGCUGGAAGAUAGCUCCUGCAAUCAUAGUUGAUGAAGUGCUAAUUACCGCCACUGCAAUCAAUGCAAGGAGCAUCCCUACACACAUACAAACACACACACACAUUUAUAAACAGAUGUGCGUGUGGGUGGGAGAGCGCUGUAAGGAAUGGUGUAUACAUAUCACUAUCUAAGUCCCACCAGCGGUUCAGUCCGCCUUCUCUGGUAAAUAGAAACCUGAAGUCUAUUUUUCUUUAAUCUUAUUUCAGAGCGUGGGCUCUAGGAAUAUCUCUAGGCCUUGUAGGCCUCUGUCCCUCACUGGCUGACUUCUUUGGACUAUGAGGCAAGGCUUGUGGCUUUGACCCAGAUGGUCUAUAACUGCAGCACUGGCAGCCAUCUCAUGGCAGCGUCUACUUAAAGCCAGAAAACAACAUGGCUGAAAACCAUUAGGCGACAUUUAUACUGGCUGCAUCCCUAUUUGGUUCAGCAAAUAAAGCAUGGGCAAAGUUAAUAUUGUGUUCUCUCUUCUUGCAGCAGUUAUACAAGAGAUGGCUUCUAUUAUAACAUUUUCACUGUAUAAAACUUAGGGAAAAUGACAAUUAAAAAUCAUAACUUUUUAAAUGACUAGAUAUUAUUAUUAUAAUUAUUAUUAUUAUAAUUAUGAGAGGAUUUGUCUCCUAGCUCAGCAUGCAGAGUCCAGUACUGAUCAUCCUGGCCUAUCAUGUGCCUGUUUGGACCUUGAUUCCCGGCAUGCAAAAACAGGUUCCCAGUCCCCACUGGGCCAAAGGUGCCUCACCCACCCGAUACAUCCAUGUAGAGGACACGUAGCAUUAUCCAUUAAAAAACACUCACUCAGAUCUCUUCAUUCUGAAAUGACCAAAGCCUUUUUCAUCCCAGAAGAACUGAUUCUUUAACAAAGAAAACAAAUCUGACUCUCUUUAUGAUUCAAUUCAAUGAAGCUUUCACUGUGAUAGCAUAUGUUCUGUUCGAAAGAAUCAACUCCUCCCUGUCCUUUUGGUGACACCCAAAGGUCUUGACUGAUGUCAUUUUGGAGAAGUAUGUAUACCUUGAAUUAAUCACAUGCAUGUAUUUUCUAUAAGGAACAAGGUAUGGGUAAAGUUCUUCACUAUUAAGAUGAAGAGCACUCAAGUUUAGCGUGGGAGUGGAAUGGGCAUGUUGUAGGCUAUGGCACACUCACAGCUAAUCUGAAGGUAAUCCUCUGCACUUUCUGUUUGCAUUUUCAUUAUGACUGUUAGCAGUUUAUGAAAGCUCUAUCUGAUCAAUCAAUUUAUAAUGUUUGUCUUGCUUUAAUAAUUUUUCCUAAUAGUUUUGUUAGAUAAGAUUUAGAAUAUUAAGUAGAUUGUUGCUGCUGUAUGCUGCUAAAAUUGCAACUAUAUUAAGAAAUUGAUUUUGUUAAUAUUAUUUACUGAGUUUAUCGGGAUUACACAUGACCAUUUCUUAUUAUGGCACAUCAAAGCACAUUACUUAGACUUCAAUAUUUGUCUGUUGACGCUAUAACAAAAAAUGGUGUACUAUACAAAGGAGCUGGAAACACUAUAGUUGUGUUUGGGGCUGAUGUUCUGUCCUCAGUACAACCAAUCAUCCUCCACUCUCUCAAACUCUACAUGCUGGGCUGGCUGUUCCAGCCCUGCAGUCCAGUAAACUGGCUCCGCCGAGGCUGACUUUAUUUUUGUAAAUGACUGGUGUGUAAAUGUACAUCUCUGUUUGGAUCUGUGUAGCCACCUGUUUUUAUUUGUCUGUCCUCCUCAUUUCUCUAGUAUACGGGUCGUGUGUGAUGUCGUCUCCAGAUCCCAACAACUGUCACUUUUGCUUUGUUCGCCUCUGUUCAGAUGUGUUACCGGAUUAAGUAGUUUCUUUGUUACCCGUGCUUUUGUUUUCAACUUCUUAAUUUGUAUGUUGUACCAUCUGUUGCAUGGGGAGAGGAUGGCAUUGAUGAACUGCAUGUAGUAGGCUAUGUCUAUCAAGAACUGUUGGUAUGUACCGCUAAUUUUACAUACAUAUAUGCAACGAGUUUGUCUACACUAUACAGUUUGUGUUUGUUGUAUACACAUAUACAACAUAUUGAAUAAAAUAUUUAUAUAAAGGUGUACUGUAAUGUCAGUAACAUACUUAAUAAUGCAAUAUAGUGUGCAGUAUAUUAUUGCACCUGUCAUUUUGAUGGGACAAAGAAAACAGAGGGGUUGGCUAGUUUAAGCAUGAAAAAGGCCAAAGUAGAAUUUACAUUAAAUUUUCUUUGUGACUUCUUAUCGGUCCUCUUUUCAAGUGGUGACUGAGCUCUUGUGUCAAUGCAGCUCUCAUCCCCUGAUGCCACCUUUUGAAGUGACAUGGACAUCCAGCAUGCCCCAACUGAAAUAUGUAUGCCCUCUCUUUAUUUCCUCCACUUAGAAUUUAACCUCAUCACGACUAUGAGUUGAAUGAGAAGUGUCCAUCUUGUACCUUCAGUACGAUAUGGGUUUCAUGGAAGGUUGUUGUUUAAUUUCCGGUGGAGAAGAAUAGGCACUAUUGAAAUGAUUUAUUUUCAAAAAAUAUAUAUACCAUUGCAAGUAUGCCCAUUGGAGUUAUGUCAUGUUAUAACAAAUUUGUAACCAUGUAUGAUUAAGGUCUUCGCAUUGUUUUCCAUGCAAAAUGUUGUGUCAUGCGGCACAUUUAAUGUUUUAUUAUGAAAAAGAAAUAAAAACCUCAAACAGUA